AUGGCAGGCCUGGGCCCCGGCGGAGGCGAUUCAGAGGGGGGACCCCGGCCCCUGUUUUGCAGAAAGGGGGCUCUGAGGCAGAAGGUGGUCCACGAAGUCAAGAGCCACAAGUUCACCGCUCGCUUCUUCAAGCAGCCAACCUUCUGCAGCCACUGCACUGACUUCAUAUGGGGGAUUGGAAAACAGGGCCUGCAAUGUCAAGUCUGCAGCUUUGUGGUUCAUCGACGAUGCCACGAAUUUGUGACCUUCGAGUGUCCAGGCGCUGGGAAGGGCCCCCAGACAGACGAUCCCCGGAGCAAGCACAAGUUCCGUCUGCACAGCUACAGCAGCCCCACCUUCUGCGACCACUGUGGCUCCCUCCUUUACGGGCUGGUGCACCAGGGCAUGAAGUGCUCCUGCUGCGAGAUGAACGUGCACCGGCGCUGCGUGCGCAGCGUGCCCUCUCUGUGCGGUGUGGACCACACGGAGCGCCGCGGCCGCCUGCAGCUGGAAAUCCGGGCUCCCACUUCGGAUGAGAUCCACGUCACGGUUGGCGAGGCCCGUAACCUCAUCCCAAUGGACCCCAAUGGUCUGUCUGAUCCCUAUGUGAAACUGAAGCUCAUCCCAGAUCCUCGGAAUUUGACAAAACAGAAGACCCGGACGGUGAAAGCCACGCUAAACCCUGUGUGGAACGAGACCUUUGUGUUCAACCUGAAGCCGGGGGACGUGGAGCGCCGGCUCAGCGUGGAGGUGUGGGACUGGGACCGGACUUCCCGCAACGACUUCAUGGGUGCCAUGUCCUUUGGCGUCUCGGAGCUGCUCAAGGUUCCCGUGGACGGCUGGUACAAGUUACUGAACCAGGAGGAGGGCGAAUAUUACAAUGUGCCAGUGGCUGAUGCUGACAACUGCAGCCUCCUCCAGAAGUUUGAGGCCUGUAACUACCCCUUGGAACUGUACGAGAGGGUGCGGAUGGGUCCUUCUUCCUCUCCCAUCCCCUCCCCAUCCCCUAGUCCCACCGACUCCAAGCGCUGUUUCUUCGGGGCAAGCCCUGGACGUCUGCACAUCUCUGACUUCAGCUUCCUCAUGGUUCUAGGAAAAGGCAGUUUUGGGAAGGUGAUGCUGGCUGAGCGCAGGGGCUCCGAUGAGCUCUAUGCCAUCAAGAUCCUGAAGAAAGACGUGAUUGUCCAGGAUGACGACGUGGACUGCACCCUGGUGGAGAAACGCGUGUUGGCCCUGGGGGGUCGAGGCCCCGGAGGCCGGCCCCACUUUCUCACCCAGCUUCACUCCACUUUCCAGACCCCGGAUCGCCUGUAUUUUGUGAUGGAGUAUGUCACUGGGGGCGACUUGAUGUACCACAUUCAGCACUUGGGCAAGUUUAAGGAGCCCCAUGCAGCGUUCUACGCAGCAGAAAUCGCCAUCGGCCUCUUCUUCCUUCACAAUCAGGGCAUCGUCUAUCGGGACCUGAAACUGGACAACGUGAUGCUGGAUGCUGAAGGACACAUCAAAAUCACUGACUUUGGCAUGUGCAAGGAGAACGUCUUCCCCGGGACCACAACCCGCACCUUCUGUGGGACCCCGGACUACAUAGCCCCCGAGAUCAUUGCCUACCAGCCCUAUGGGAAGUCUGUCGACUGGUGGUCCUUUGGGGUCCUGCUGUAUGAGAUGUUGGCGGGGCAGCCCCCUUUUGAUGGGGAGGACGAGGAGGAACUGUUCCAGGCCAUCAUGGAACAAACUGUCACCUACCCCAAGUCGCUUUCCCGGGAAGCUGUGGCCAUCUGCAAGGGGUUCCUAACCAAGCACCCAGCAAAGCGCCUGGGCUCGGGGCCGGAUGGAGAACCCACCAUCCGAGCUCAUGGCUUUUUCCGCUGGAUCGACUGGGAACGGCUGGAACGAUUAGAGAUCGCGCCUCCUUUCAGGCCCCGCCCGUGUGGCCGCAGCGGCGAAAACUUCGACAAGUUCUUCACGCGGGCGGCGCCAGCGUUGACUCCCCCAGACCGCCUAGUUCUGGCCAGCAUCGACCAAGCCGAAUUCCAAGGCUUCACCUAUGUCAACCCGGAUUUCGUGCACCCGGAUGCCCGCAGCCCCAUCAGCCCAGCACCUGUGCCAGUCAUGUAAUCUCACCUGCCGCCACUAGGUGUCCCCAUGGCUCCCUCCGCCGCGCCAGCCUUACCCUUACCCCACGC